AUGGCAGCAGUCGCCGGUAAAGCAGAGUACGGAGAUGUGAUAAUUUCCUUAGAAAACUGUAUUUUAAGCCAAGAACACAUAGAAAAUACACCUUCAAUUAAAGAUGGAUUAGAUAGGGAAGUAGAAAUUGAUUUGCGAAUCGUCAGUUGCGAGUAUAUUCAAAUGGCGGGCAUCUUGCUCAAACUUCCUCAGGUAAGUUGAUUCUGGUUUUCGUUGUUAAAAACUUUCCUGUAUUGUGAAUGUUUAGCUGAAUAUGUUUGCUUUGGAACCUUCAGGUAGCUAUGGCUACAGCGCAAGUGUUGUUUCAACGCUUUUACUACAGUAAGUCGCUUGUUAAACACGAUGCUGAGGUAAGCACAUCUCUGCAAAUAUUAUUCAACAAGAAGUAAGAAAUUUUAGCUUAACCUUUUUAUACCCUUUCAUUUUUCCUUUACUUCCGGUCUAAAGGUUUGGGCACAGAGCCUCCUUUUUUGGCUUUUAACCAGUUAAGGUUUUGUAGAACUUUUUAAAUCUAUUUUUCUCUUCUUUGUUGUACAAAGAUGUCAAAUUAUUCGCAAAGUAAAAGCUGCUUUUUAAUGAGCGUGUAUUCAAGCACGUGGAAGAUGUGUUCUUUUUAGUUUAAAUUGCUAAAUGGUUUCAUUUUUCUCCCUCAAAACACUUUUGCUUCAAAUUUUCGGUCCCUACAGUGUAUUUUAGUCACUUUAUUCAGUAAUAAAACCAACGAGCUAACUUGUCAAACUCUUUUUGAAUUACCCUCUUCCCAUAAAUUGCAUUUCAGAUUUAUGCUAUGGCGAGCAUAUUUCUUGCUGCAAAAAUCGAGGAAUACCCAAGAAGAAUUCGGGAUGUGAUUAACGUCUUUCAUCAUAUUAAACAGAAAAGAAACGGAAGGUAAAUAUUUGAACUUUAGUUUGCAAUGAGAUGAAACUUAAAAGUUCUCUUUGAAGAAGUGCAGUUUCUUGCUGCUGCACUUUUAUGGAACUUCAAGAGUACAAUCUCUUCAAAAUUUCCAGGACUAAAUGGUUCGGCGAAUUGGUAAACUAAACCAAAGGCUGAAACAGUUUGUUCUUAGACUUAAUCUUAGUCUGUGCCACAGAAGGAAAGUAAACAUCUGUUUAAGUCCGUCUGCAAAACAGCUCUGAAAUACUUGUUCUGGUUUCCCACCCUUGUACCAGGAUUUGAGUAUGCACCAUGAUUCGCCCUAUAAAAAAUCCCAUCAUUGCUGUGCCAAUCAGGUUGAAGAUAUGAAACGCACUUCCCAGCAUUUCUGAGUAUUUUAAUGUCAUUCAAUUAACACCAGCAGUAAUUUUGUAAGAGCAAAAUUUGAAAGAUUGAAAUACCUGAAAAUGUUUGGCUGGGAAAUUAGUUGAAAUAUUUAACCGACGGACAUUAACUUUUAAGAGUCAUCGUGUUAGUGAAAUAAAAUUUAACCCCUUGUGACAAAGUCAAAUAUACUGCUUGUCAACAAGAUGUCUAUUAGUUUUAAGGUAUGUACAAGGAGCAAGGUUUUAGCCAGAAGGGUGCCCAUCUCUUCUAUGGACGGCCAUUUUUGGAAGAAAUUCAAGGGAAAUUCACUUAAUCUCAUGAUUUUAAGGGAAAACAUGCCUUCUGGAUGGUCAGUUUUCAAUGUCUGGCUAAAAACCUGACAAGGAAAGUAUCUCUGCUAAGACAUAUUUGUAUCGGCUUUAGUUAAGACACUGGCCAAUUUCUGUCAUUACUCUGAUUAGGGAAAAAUUGCAAAAUAUGGUCCAUGAUUUUCUGCGAAAUUUAAUACUCCCGAAGUUAAGGGAGAAUAAGGUACAACACCUUAUUGGUAAUCGUGUUGAGUUGACUUAUGGAACUGAGUUAAAACUUUUUAACCUGUUGAUGUUGGGGUAGGGAGAAGGAAGUUGUCUGACAGUGACAAAAUAGAACAUUAACAGAGAAGCUGUUAAGUUGCCAGGUAGAUACAACUAGUAGGCAGGGAAUCAAACAGCUGGCAUUUUUUUUGGUUCUAUAUAUCUUCUAAUUUCCCACAAUAGUAGCCAGGGGUCACAUUCAUAUUAGCCAGAAGAAUUCCUUAGCCCCCCAGUCCUAAAUGAUAGCCCAGUUAUUAUAUAGGCCCUUUGCAGGUAGCCAUUUACUUGGUACAAAACUGCCAUGCUGGAGAGCGAAAGGUGCACUGGAACAAGUCAAACAAAGGAAAUUACCAUUUAAAAUUAUGUAAGCUUUUUUUUUGUCUUGUCUCAGUGUGACUUUUGCUCUCCAGCAUGGUGGUUUUCUACCUCGCAAAUGGCUAGCUGUAAAGGGCCUAUUGGGACAGAUUUGCCUCCAAAUGUGUAUUGCAUGAAUUGAAAAUAGUCCUCCUAGUCUUAGUCAAACCUCUUUAACAUGGACACCAAAGGGUCAGAAUCUGCUUUACAGAGGUGUUCGUAUUAUAGCGGUAGGGAAUGUAUGUUUUUUGGCAUUUCUGGGGCCAAACGAACUGUCCUUAAUAGAGAGGUGUCUGUAUUAUAGAGGUGUCUUUAAGGAGAGGUUAGACUGUACUGGUAAUGAAUAGUCUGUAAAAAAGCCAUGUGCUUGCCAGCUAAAUAAUUCAUUGUGCAGUGACUUCUAAUUGGCGUGUUCACUUCUUGUCACUGUUUGUUACGUGCUAUAAGUGCUUUAUAGCAUGUAAGGUUGGCUCAGCAGCUACAGGCAAAAUUAAAACUUUUACAGACACGAUUCUAGGACUAUUGUUAUUUCUUGCUGAGAUUAAGCACAUAAAUUUUGUAAUGAGAUUACCAUAAGAUGAAAUUUUAAAAAUACCAUUUGUUUGAAAAUUAUGCAAUUUUGUGACAAUUCAAUAAAUUAUUGAAUGGUUACAUAGUAAAAGUGAGAGAUUCAUGUUUGUAUUUUCCCACAUUGUGAUUUUCAAUGUUUAAUACUACCAACUAUUAAAAAGUAUUCAUUACUAGUAAAACUCAAUCAACCAUAAACCACUUAUGAAUGGAUAGAAAUAGCAAAGAAAUUAAUUUGGCUUAACCAAAAUUUGAAAAUUAUCAUAUGUCAAAACAGAGCACGUUUUCUGCAAUAUGAUAAAAUAACUGAGCAUAAUGUCCUAUUUAACCUUUUUAAAAAGCCCUAAGAACAAUCAGUAUCAAAUUCCUCCCGAUUACAACCCAUGCUUUAUAAAACAUUUAAAAAAAGAGGGAUAGCAGGUAUCAAACCCAGUUCCUUCAGCUCCAAAGGUUACUCAUUUCUGCAUGUACGAGAACAAUGGAAAUGACCUUACCAUCAUUCAUUCUUAUGCCGAUGAUAGCAUAGAGCAUAAAAAAUGCAGGCUUACCCCUGCAAAAGACCUUUCAUGACCCCAAUCUUGUGUUUAGUGAUCAAGAUAAUUUCUCCUUGAAAUAACAUUGCACAACCAAUCAGAGAGGCCAAGAACACCUCCCUGUACUCUGCGUUAAUGACACUGAAGGUACAAGAAAAGAGAACUUGUAUUUUGCUACUAAGGGGAAAAGGGUUAAUCAGAUGGGAUUAGUGCAGACCCUUUCAGAAACAAAUUGCUGCAAAAUAGGUUUACUUUCAAAGUAAUAGGAACAUGUCUAAUGCACUGUUUUGGCAUAUGAGCUUGUAAGAAAUUGUAAAAAUAAUUAUGAAAGAAUUGCUUUGUGAAGUAUGGCAUUUUUUCUGACUACCACCAACUGUGAGAAGCAAUAAUUUGGUCUGGUUCAUAGUGAAUGUUCUUUAGUACGAAAUGUGGGAAUUAUUUCUUAGAAUGUGGUUUUAUGGGAAACUUGUUCCUCUACAAGAUAUCCGAUUUCUUAACUUUCUGAGUGUGUUAAUGCAGUAUUUUGUUGUUUUCAUUUUACUUGUUGUGGGCAUUGUUUUCUUAAGUUCUCUUUUAAGCGUGCUUUCAUUCGGAGACUUUUAAUAGGUGUUAACCCUUUCAGUCCCAACAGUGAGCAACAGCAAUUUUCUCCUAACAAUGUCCAUACAUUGUCAAGAGAUGAGGUUGUGAGAAUAUAAAAAUGAUCACGAAAGAGAAAAUGCCUUGAUGUUUUAUGAAAUUCUCUCAACUAAUUCUUAAAAGGAAAUGUAUGGAGAUCAGUUUGGAGAAUUUGUAUGUGGAUAUUGGGGUUUAAAAGGUUAAGUCAAGUCAGCAACUGCCCUAAGCGUGCAAAUAUACACAGGCCAUGUUUGUCUUAGCUACUUUGCAUGGUACUUCAUACAUUGCUUACAUUGAGUACCGUCUACCCUCUCAAGUUUCAUUUAAGAUGUGAUAUUCUUUUCAGGAAUCAGUGGAAUGUAGAACAUUUAAUUGACUUGAUUUUUUUCUUUCUCUCUCCGUGCUGUCUUGCUAACUCCAGCAGUCUACUACCUCCUUACCAACCAAUGCACCAAUCCUCCGUGUUGCUCUAAACCAGCUCUGAUUGGACUGGUGUAACCAUGGCAACAUUGGACGCAAGUGGUGCUUCUCCCAUUGGUCAACUGUCUCCGUUAAAUGAAGACAAGCUGGGCUCAUGAAACAGUAAAUCUUAUUACAAUUUGUUUAUAAUUUGGUAAGAAUAUAUCUUCCAGGUAGUCAAAAAUUGACAGCUGUUUGUAGUUUGUAAGAACAUUCACCAAAAAUGCUCCAUUGGUAGUUAUGUAAAUGCAAGGUUAAACUUGUAUAUAUUUCAUAAGUUCUUCUCAACAUGGUCUUCUGUUUCUUUUUUUAAGAAUAAAGCAUGUUGGAGCUUUUACAUAGUGACCCUGUCGCACAGUUAACUAACAUCAAGAGUAAUAUUUUUACACAAAAUUUGGAGUUGAUGAACAGACCAACCAAAUGUCGUAUUUUAAAGAUGAUGGAAAACCACGAUGUUUAGGUGUGGCACAUGUUUUGAAAUGUCAAGUUGUUCAGAAGGAAGUUACAGAAGCAGUUAUAUUUUGUUGUAAACUGCAUAUUGUUCAAGAAAUAUAAAUAGAAGUUGAAGAAUUUCUGUGUCGUAAAACUGUAACUAGUACAAUGUUAGUGAUGUCAAGAACUGCAACUGUGUCUUUUGGAAGUUGUUGCUGUUCUCAGAGUUAUCCCAUUUGAGGGACUGGUGUAAUUGUGCCUAAAGAAAGAGGACAAAAAACGCAAGGAUCUGCAAGUCUUCCAUGGACAAAAUCUGUAAAGAACUUAGAACUGGUGUGAAGCAAAUGGUGGAUGUGAUCUAUACCAUGUGAGGCUGAGGAAGGUCAUGGAUCCAUGGUUGGAGGAGACUGAUGGAAAAUUGUUAAUUGUCACCAUUUGGGAAAGCUCACUCUUGGCUGUGACGUGUACAGUUGCAAGUUAUAAAUGGGGCUGCAAGAUUGGAAAAGAAGAAUUUGUGUGUGAAUACCUUUGACACUCUAAUAAUGUUACAAAGAUCAUGGAGUUUCCCUGCAAGAUACCAGUAAGGUGAGACAUUGUUUAUGUAUAGUUAUUACUUUUAAAGGUACGCUAAAACAGGCAACAAAAAUGAGCAACUUGCUUUGCAACAUUGCAGCAAAACAAGUUGAAAAGUGAUGUUGCACAUUUUACCACCCACAUUCAAACCUGUUAACAACCUGAUUUGUUGCAAAGCAGGUUUGAUGUGGGUGGUUAAAUGUGCAACAUCGCUAUUCGACUCAAUUUGCUGCAAUGUUUUGUGUGGCCCGUUUUACUGUACCUUAAGCCUUUUGUAUUUUUAUAGUGUAAACACAAGUAAAAGCAACAUUUAAUGCUGUUUUAAAAAUCAUAACCAGUUUCAGGACAAAAUGCUCUUAUUACUGCGACUGCACAUGUUGCUUUUACUUAAUUUGCAUCAUCGGCAGAAAUCCAGCUUCGCAGCAAGAUUACAGUAAUUUUAAUAAUAAUAGUGUAAUAUAAUAAUAAAUUGUUAUUUGUAGUAUUUGAACCUCCUUUACCAAGGCUGUAGGGGGGUCAUGUAGACCAUCUGAGGGGUCACCAAGACCAUGUGCUAAGUUUUUUGUCAUAUUUGACUUAAUACCUAUAUGUCAUCUGCGGGUCAGGAAGCCUUCUUUGUCGGGUCAUAGACCUGCGACGCCUCCUCUCUUAUCUGGAACACUGAGCCUAGGGUGCUCGCAGCCUGUUCAAUCCAGGGUGCCCAGCAUAUGAAUUGUAUGAAAAAAGUAAGAUUUCGUAGUUGACCAAGGUCAAAAGUUAGGCACCAGGGGUCCCUGGGGGUUGCUAGAGCACAGCCUUGUUUACAAUACAACACUUCACUACAUAAGGUCUAAUGGGUAUUGGUAAAUCAAGGGAAAUAUUCCAUUCUGGCCCAGGUCAUCUGUUGUUUGUUGCUGGUGAGAGGUGUAAUUCUACAUUCUAAAGGUCAAAGUAAGCCCUGUGUUACUUAAUAUUAAUCAAGGGUUUUGUCACCAAUUUUCUCUGCUUUGUCAAAGCCAAUUUAUGAUACAACUUUUGAUAUGAGCCGUUGACAUCAGCUUUUUCAUGUAAAUUAAGCCUACAAGUGACUUGUGAUUGUCAUUUGCAACAGAACAGUCGUAAUUGAACUGUUUUAAUUGACUAAAAUUGUGAUUACAUUGAAACAAUAGAAAUAUUUGGUUUCAGGAGGUGUUUGUAAGUGGCAGUUCAAUUGUGUGCUGCUUCCUGCUUAGCAUUUGUAAUAUGACCGCCAUGAUAUUUGCACAUCAUGUUCUCCCAGUGCUUCUCAGCAGAGUUCACAAGGGGCCUUUGUUUAAGGGUGGCAAGUUCAUUGCUGACAAUAUGUUUUCUGCCACGUGUCACCCUUGUGAAAAAAAAGCCUUUACAUUACUUUACUGUUACCUAAGUUGAGCCUGCUGUCAAGGCAUAUUGCUUUUUAACAAUUUGUUCAAAUCUAACAUACAUUUCCACAAAACAAUGUGUUUAUUUCAAACUGUUCAGUAAGUGUUGUCUCUUUGAGAUGGAGCCAUAUGAGUUGAGUCACUCAGCACAAAAAGAGAUGAUCAGAUUUUCUUUUAAUAUAGUAUCUUCCAAGCCAAGUAUCAAAGAUGGUUUUUAGGUUUUGUGGUGAUGUGGUCCAUUUUCUAAUCUAAUUUGCCAUUGCUUUGAUCUCCUCCUUUUUUAGGGGGAGGGGAUUGUAAAACACUCUUCGCAAAACCUCAAAUUUUGACUGGUAAUUGUGACAAGCAACCUAUCAGCUGUUUUUUUUUUGUCCUUGCUGCACUUCAAAUUCGUAAAGAAUACUUUUUACAAUAUAUAACAAUAUCCUCUUAGCGCUCUGUUGGGCGCAAGUCCUCCAGACUUCUUUUCGCAUAAGCUCUUGCUUGAUCCCUGGCUUGUUCCAAGGGUAUAAAAUGGAGAAUUCCACAAAAUGGAGAGCAUCUAGGGGGAAUAAAUGUUGAGGGGGAGAGGAGGGAGUGCCUGUUGAAUUUGCUUUCAAAGGCUCAUUCCAUCCACUUUGUCAGAUUGUAAUCUGACCUUAGUUAGGGUCUUGAAAGUUGUCAGUCAAGACAAGGUGACCGACUUACUUUUAUUUUACUAUGUUUGUAUUUUAUUUCUGUUUGAAGCCAAUUAAUAAUUAUUGUAGAAGAGAGAUUGCACCACAAAGCGAUUGUUUUUCUGUUUUUUUGCGAAUAAGGUAAUGCAUUCACCAUAAAAAUUAUUGCUUUCUCAAUACGUUUCAGAUGAACUGACAUAUAAUCUCUUCCUGUCAUAUUUUUGGUCAUGGAUGUUAGAGUGUUGACAACAACUGUCAGAAUAUACAGGGUGUCCCAAAAGUUUGUUCCUCUACUUUAUAAGUUUGUAUUUUAGUACGAUUGGACUUGGUUAUGGUAAGCAAAUCAUUGCUGCGGAGCGACCGAAGGGAGCGAGCAGCAACAUAAUCAGGAUUUAAAGGAAAUAUAUAAGGGGUGACGAAUUCUCGAAUUCAUCACUUUUUACCAUAAUGCAUUGCAUUUAACCACACUUUUUACCACAAUGCAUUGCAUUUAACCAGAGUGCAUUGCGCCACGAACAAAUCAAAUAAAAGUUCGGUGGGUGAGAGAGUGCAUCGUUCGCUGCUCAGACUUUGAGUUUUCUUUGUGGCAAAUUUUCUACAGCACGGUUAGAGGUCUUACCAAAUUUUAAGACACGCAGGAGUCUUUCAGAUGAGUACGAUGGUCAACUUGGGGAUUGGAUUUCAAUUCAAGAGCCUUUUUUUAAAAAGUGUUAAACCUGACGAGAAGAUGAGCAUUCGCUCUUUGACUCCGCAACACGGGGGAUAUACAAAUUCCAGCUUGCUAGAAGGUGAUGUGAAAGUGAGAAAAUGUCAUGCAAUGCUAUUCUUACGAAACUGUAUGAGCCGAAAAUGGAUGUGAUUUUGACCAUUCGCUUGAAAAUAACAGCGGAAAUCGAGAAAACAAAACAUAUGUUUUGUCUCCUACUUUGCAGAGGAGGACUUGUAUCAGCGUUUUGAAAAGCAUAAUUAUGUUUUUUCAUUCAGUUAUUGCCAUGGAAUAUGCAUUUACAUUGUUUUUUCACUGUCAAUAGCUCAGUUAAUGCGGCUGGCGAUCAUCUUGCUGGCGGAAGUUUCAUGGAAAAGGAAUAGAAUGAAAGAUUUUUCCUAAAGACUACGUAGUAAGUCUCUGUGGUGUAGUGGUUAAGUGUAGUCGCGUCGAGUCGAAGGUGCCGGGUUCGAGUCCUCCUGAAUUAUUUAUUCCUUGUUUCUUUUUUUUUUCCGUUUUUUUGUGUUGUUGUUUUCUAUAAAUAUAUAGCUAAAUAACUGUUACUUAAUAAAAUGCAACAAACAGCAAGAAAAGUAUUUUAUUUCCAGAGAAAAUAUCGUGCACCGUAUAUUAAAUAUAUGGAUAAACGAUCUGAAUUUCUAUUAUUUCCUACAAUUUACUGUGGGAAAACCAGAGUUGAUAACCACUUGAUCAUUUUCUAAACAACGUUCCCACGAGUUCUGUCUAUAGACUGAUAGUAAUUAUUCUAGUACUUUCCAACAUGUAAAUAGGACGUUCAAUGUCAUUUUUGAUUCUUUUAAGUCUCACUGCCUAACUAAUGCCAGUAUCAACAGAAUGUGCCGCAGCAUUACUAUCUUUUAGAUACCGUAGUUUAAACAAAAGUUGUGUCUUUCAAUGUAAAUCACUGUUUUCAUACUUGUUGUGCCAUCUUUUGUCUUGAAUAUUCGAUUUGUGUACUUCCAUACCAAAGAUGCACGUGCGCGAGUAUAUAGUAUAUACUUUUGGGACACUGUGCACUAGUCAUAAGGUAUACCAGAAAAAACUUUUAUUUAAAGGUUUUUAAAGUGUUCUCCUUAUACCCUCCCCCCUCCUUGUUAUCCACACUUUUCUUUGUGCUGUCUCCACCAUCGAUAUUCCCGAAGCAAGCUACUUGAUCCCAUGACCCUCAUCCAGCCUCUGUUCUUUCCUUUGCUACCGUCCUGUGCCACAUUAUCCUAGGGUGCUUAACUUUUCCCUUUUCAUCCCGGGUUCACUGUGACACAGAGAUGUCCUCUUUGCAUUUUAUACACGGCACAUUUCCACGCCACUUUCAGCAUCUUAUUUUAGCAUUGUGUUCUUAAUUUCUUAAUUUCUUAAUUCCUAUAUUCUUUUUUUUUCUGUUUUUCAUUUUUAAUUUAUUUGUUAAUUGAUUUAUUCUUUUUAAACUUAUUUUAGUGUCCCCACUUAGUGGUUAUAUACCGCUAUUACAGUUUUGACACUUUAAUAAAGUUAUGAUCAUCAUCAUCAUCAUCAUCUCCUCUUCACUGCUAUACUAUCCUUUCACAUCCACAUAACUUGUUCAACUCAUUAUUAGACACCACAUACAGCCAAUAGGUACUCAUAAUCCUCUUGAGGCACUUGCAUUGGAACAACUCCAUCCUUAUGUCUUGCAAAAUCAUGUGCAGAAAUUUGGGAGUCUACAGUUGUUGAUCUUGAUAUUAUGGGCCAAGACUGUCACUAAGGGCUGGGGGCCAGGGAUUUCCCGCGGCCACUAUUAACAGGAAUUCUGACUAUUUUCAUAGGAAAUAAAAGGAGAGUAAAGCAGAAGAACUUUCUCGCUGUUAAAUUGUCCGCCUACUAUUUCACUGUCCCUGCAGCUAAAAAGCAUAGUGACAGCCCUGUGGCCUACAGGUUUUGCCCCAUUUUUUAGGCCAAACUGAGGACCAAAAACAUUUUUUUUGAGUCCUUCCCCCUCCCUUAUCUCAAGGUCUGGAUCUGGCACUUAUCAUAAUAUUCUUAUUUCAUUGUGUAUCAAGCAGAGGGGAACUGCUUGACCAAAAACUACUGACUGAAGUCUGUGAGAUCAGCAAUGACCCAGAUGAAAAUGAGAGAGCUUUAUUUUUCAUUUAUUCUUAGUGCAUCUACUUCAGUCUGUUACUCUGUUAAUUACAGUUUACAGUAACACUGACCUCAAACACCGGCACCCAGACUGAAAACUAAGAUAGUCAGAAGUGAAUUGACACAUACAUGUGUUAUUGCACAUGCCUUAGGGCCUUGAUGGAACGAAAGUUCCCUCAUAUGUAGAGCUCUGUUGACUUUAGGAGUCUUCAGGAACUGGAGGAUAAUUUGCAAGUAUGAUUAUGAACACUAAACUUGGAAAGACAUUCUGCAUCAUCUGUUAAAUUUGACGGGGUCAAACGAGAAAUAAUUGCAGGGAAAAUCAAGACUUGUUUACCUGUUAAAGUCAUGAAGACUGAAAACCUCUUCAUCAUCGAACAAGUCUGCAUAGCACCUUAGAAUAAAUUCACUAAUUUCUUUAAACAAUGUGAUCCUUUAAACUUCGUCUUUGUUCUAGCAUAGUUAUUAGAGAAGACUUGUUAUGAAAGACAAACAUCAAACGUAAAAACAGUGUUGCUGCAGUUUAUGUUGGAAGCUCCCUGAAGGUGCACAAUCCUUUGUUUUCUGUUGGCAAAUUGUGGUGGAAUAAACUAAUGGGAUGUGUUUAUUGAUCAAAAAUAUCAAAAUGUUAGGAAUGCUUUUGAAUGUUGUGCACCAUCAGGUCCACAAAAACAUAAAACAAGAGUCUGGUGGGUUUCAUAACCAUUCCAGCCCAUUAACUAUGGUUCUAGGUUAUAAACCCAUGCUUAAAGUUACAUUUUUUGUGCCGAAAGCAAAGUUUUAUGUCGUCUCACCCCAGUCUGUUAGGGACUCAUUUGUCAAUUUUUUUUGUUUUUUGUCUUAGAUGAAUCUUCUUAAGGUCCCCAAUAUCUUGUGUAUGAACUGCAUCUUUUUGCUUCAAUCUUUCUAGUUUCCUCAUAAUCAAGGGAGUGAUUCAUCUCAACUAGGACAUAACUUAGGAUACUAAGUUUGCAUUUUAUUUUAGUUCUGACAUAAAGUUGUGGUAUUCAUUAAAAAUGCCAGCGGUGGGCAGAAGUUUAAGUUUAAGUAUUAAACAUUCAAAAGCUCAUUAAUAAGUCAUAAAGAAAAAACAAAAGAAAUUAAUGUUUACGGCUAAACUUAAUGUCCAAAUAUUAGUGCAGAUUAGAAUGAGUUGAUCUAUAUGAGAGAUUUUGAAGCUGUUAAAAAAACUUGCAGUCACAUAUUAUCAGGUAUGAAAUCUCCUGGCUUUGCCUCGACUCUUCUAACCUGAUAAUACACUCCUGUUCGUUUUUUAAACAGUACAUAUAAAUUAACGUAAUGCACUAUAAAGAUAACUGAAUAGAUCUUUUUACCGGUUUCUAGUUUAGUAUUAGAAAUAUGGUCUUUCACUGUAUAUUUUUGGGAAAAAGGCGAUCAUUAGUACAUCCAAACACGGCACAAGGAUUUUUUUUCCCAUUACAAUCUUAUUCUAAGAAACUUUCAGAAAAAGUGUCCCGAAAAGCACUCGAAAAUACAAACAAAAUGUGCUCAUGCCCCCUGGGCAUCCUAUAAUACCCCUUAAAUCGAAUUAAUUCAAUAUGGCCGCCGUAUCGGUAAAAAGGUCCAUUAAGUAUGGGUUAUAAUUAUGUUAAGGGCCUAUUAUCAUAUUUUUUGUGGUCGUUACUAGGGAAAGUCUCUAAGCUGUAAAUUAAAAUUACAGCAAAAAUAUGAGACAAAAUUUGAACAGUGUUCCCUUGGUGACUGCUUUCCUCUGCUUGUGUGUCAUCAGGACAAGCUUACUGUCACAUGACCCAGCACUAUGUGAUAUCUUAAAGGAUAGUGCCUCUGGCUGAAGUGGCCAGUAAAGUUAUAAGCUAUCUAUUCUAUGGUAAGGUUGUCUAGAACUGUUGAUCAAGUCACUGACUAAUUUGUUAAGUCGACUACUUACUUUGAAAGUCUUUAGAUUGUAACGCUGGCAGUCAUCCAAAGUUUCUUCUUUAAAAAUAUGAGGGGGAAAACUUCUCUUACUGUUUAACUUUUUAUACCACAUAAAUAAAGAAAAGCAAAUUCUGUCUUUAUAUUGGCAGAAAUAAUAGCCGCUAUGCUUGAAUUUUUUUUAGUACCAGAUGACAGAUCACCUGUUGUAACAAUGAGGCUUUCAAUAACUUUACCUGAGAAUAACAGGUUUUUGGGUUGGCUUUGCAACUAUGUGCUUUUAUUACAUCUGAAACUUUGGAAAACUCUUGCACCCUGUCCUUGAUCAUUGUUAUGGGAAUGUGAAGUUUUGUUAUGAUUUCAGUUGUGCUAGUGGAAGGAUUGUGAUGGUGAUUGUUAUAAAGUUAACUCUUUUCAAGUUAUUUAUUUAAUAUGGCCACUUCUUUUGGCAUAAGAACAUGUGCUUUCACUUAUAUGAAUAUCCAGAGAAACAAACAUUCUGUAGUUGGCAAGCAUUUCAUUUCCAUGGUGUAAAGUGGGUGAACCUUGAUUCAAACUUCAAAAUCCUCAAGAAAUGUGGAGGGAAUUUUUGAAAUGUUAAAAUAAUUGUAAGAGCUAAAUGACCUACAUUCAACAAUCAAGCCAACUCCAUGACAGCAAAACUCUGUUUAAUUGACAUUUUCCCAUUUUCAUUUCACACCUUGAGCUCGUAACUUACAAUGAGAUGAUUUGUCACUCAAAAGUGUAAACUUGUAGAGAAAAUCCUAGGAUGUUACCAUUUAAAUGAAACCUUUGACUGAACUUUUGUGAAGUACUAUUAUUACUAUUAUUAUCUUAGGAUUUUACAUUCUUUCUUUGAAUAUUAUGAGCAGUUAAAAGGUUUGAUUCCGAUGCUGCACCCUUAUAAUUAUGACAGUGAGUAGGGCAUCUGACUUCAGGGCACGAAAUUGUGCCUGAUACAAUCGCCAAUGCGUCUAAGUUUACCAUGCUGGUGACCAAGAUUCAAAAGUUAGUUGCCACGUUGGCAACCAGAACUCUUCAGGUUCUGUACAUCCUACUUUUAUGUAUUGGGUGAUUAAAUAAAGCUUUAAGGUAGAUGAAUUGGUAUGAAUGACUAAUUGUCAUGAACUCUACAGAGUGAACAUGUCAAGGUUGACCAUCUGUUAUUUUCCAAAAGUUAUGUUCUCAGGGUUGUCACUAAGAUUUCAAGUUGCUGGGUAAAUACAACAAGUAGGCGGGGAAUCAAACAGCUAGCGAUUUCUUUUGGUUCUAUUUUUCUUCUAUUUUCCAAAAAAAGUAGCCGGGGAAAAUCUCCAACCCCCAGCUCUUAAUGACAACCCUGUGUUCUAUUUUUUGGAUUGAAAUAUCCCUUUUGUUAAAAAAGCGUAUUGGGGGCUGACAAUAUUCCAUACUUUUCUGACUCCACGUGCUCUCACUUAGCUUUAUUAUGAAGUGAAUUCCAGUGUUUCAGUUGUUGGCAGAAAUUGCAGUUAGUGUUGUUUAAUGUUGGUAAGGUACAUUUAAUGCUGGAACACUAAAUCCAUUAAGCAAUGGCUUGAAAAUAAAAUAGCGUUAAAUAUAGUUCAGAUAACUUGGGUAGAUGCUGAAACAAACAAAAAAGGACCUGUUAAUUUCAUUCUGGCAGUUGCUGGAAAAAUGCAACUUGUUACUAUUAAUUUUGUAGUUGUUGUAAAGUAGUGUUCCACUAUGUUUGUUUACCAAGGAGCCUCUGAUUUGGAUAUGUUUGUAUGAUUACUUAUCCUGAUGAAGUCAUUAUGUGCUGUGAUGUUUUCAUCCUUGGCUACUAAAUGAAUUAGAUUUGAGGCAUGAAAGAUCUACUGCAAAUAUAUUGAAAUAUUUAUGGAGAUUUGAUAAGUUGAUAUUUAUGAAAGGGACGUGUCUUGUUUUUCGGAUUGUGAUGGCAGGUCGCAUUAUGUAGUCCAGUAAUUUGUAUAGUUCAUAUUAGAAACAAUAUUUUAGGGAAUUGUCAACUUAAGUUUCUGAAAUUCAGUUUGGAAGAUUUUUAUGAUUUUAAGCUGACUUCCUGGCAUACAUGUGUACACCUGUAUGUGGCUGAUAUUACAGUGCACACGUAAUAUAUGCCAGUCUUUGAGAUAAGUGGACAUCCAUGAUCAUCAAAUUGGAUGGUCUGUGAUGGAAAACAGAAUAAAUCCAACAAAUGAUAAACUUACUAUAAAAGUAUCAGGAGUUGGCAGUUCUGUUAACUGUUAUCAGACCUUUAAAGAUCUUUAUAAUAAAAAAUAAAAUUGAAUUAGAAUUUCCAGGUCCAUGAAGGUUGAAGCCCAGAUAGCUACAAUCCUGGUUACUGUAAUCAGAGCAUUUAAGUUGUCAUGGUGAUUAGCCUUGGAUUAGUGUCAAUCAUCCUCAGAACAUUUUGGCUGUAUUGUAAAUAUGUCCUUCCUUCCCCCACCUCAAUUAGUUUAUAAGCUCUUUGUGGGUGGAAAAACUCAUGAAAUCAGUUGAAUUUUGAAUUUGUUAUUGUCGUUGCUGGCUAUAAACAGAAGAAUCUGUCAACUUUCUCUUGAACCACUACCAAUGUUCACUUUCCAUUUAGGUUUACAGGGAACAAAAAGCAGCCACUGUUGGUUUCUGCAGAGUAUAACGUCUUGUGUACAAAAUAGCCUGGUCCCUGAUGGCUAUUUUCCUGUAACAAACUUCUUUCCAGACAUUUUCCUGUUUCCUUGAAAUGUGAUUGGUCAUAAAAGCCUCUUCCGUUCUGAGAUAUUUUUAAGUUGAGAAAGCCUAUUAAACCUAGAAGUUGCUUCAAAAAGUCAGUUUAUUCAGGAACUAGACUUGUUAUUUUCUGUAACAUGACUAGACAUGUUGUAUUAAACAUUUUAAGUUAAGAUCUUUACUCUUUUCCCUUUUUUUUUUUUGCCCGGGUGCCAUUCAUACAGAGAAGAAUAAAAGCAGGAGUACAGUUGUAGGCUAGUAAUGUUAAAUAAAUGCUUGCCCCUGCUUAACCACCCCCCUCACCCCAAAAAGCUCAUUAGUUGAUCUUAGCCGUCUCACUUUUUCUUUUUCGUUUUUCACUUGAACAUUCAGCCUUAUCUAUUUUUAUCCUAUUUAAUGAUCAUUUUCUAUGUUGUAAAGAAAUUGUAUGUGCUUAGUUAAAUCGUCUUGCCGAUGCCAGUAUUAUACUCAUUAGUUAAGUUAUAUGUUUAAUGGUGGUCAUUUUUAUAAGCCUUUUUGGCUUCUGAGGGCUUCCUGGAUUCAUCGUUUUUAAAUUUUGUUUACAUAUUAAAUUUAAAUGGCAAAAUGAUAAAAAAUAAAUGAAUAAAAAUAAUAAUUGACACUUAUAUAGUGCAAUUUCUAUAAAAAUGCCCAAUGGCACUUUACAGAAGUUCUCACCUUGAACCUUGAUGGUCGUGGGGGAGGCAAACAGGAAUUGUAGAAGCAAAAUCCUUGGAAAGUAUAAAGUUGUAUACACACAGUUAAACUCUGCUUACAGACACCUUUAUAGGGGAUGGUUCACUUACCACCAAGUGUAAAAGUACCAAGCAUGUGUGAUAGAGUUAUCAUGAUAAUUAUUGUGAUAGGGCAAUACCUACAGAAAGUGUUCAUGUUAAGGUUUGUUGGUAUAUUUGAUAUUAGUUAUGACUUUCACAAUAUUGUCCUCUGAUUGUUGUUGUUGUUGUUUUUCAACUCUUGCAGGUCAUUACAAGGAAGGAAAGAGGGCUUUUGUGGUGCUGUUAGUUUCUGCAGCAUAGAGUUCACCUUGAAGCACGGUUCCUUGAGCUUUUGACUUCACAUUUUAUGGGUGACAUUGUUCCAUGCCCAUUUUGUUUUACACAGAGCUAAGAGCUGAAUAGUACAGGCUUGAGACGUACUCUAACUUUAACUUUUGUAGGCUCUCGGUCCAUUAGUUCACAGAUAUGUAAAAUGCUAGCAGCUGACACAAAAUAAUGAAAACCAGCAGGACCAAGUUGUUCAAAAGGUGGAUAGUGUUUUCCUUAACCCUUUAAGUCCCAAAAGUGACCAAAAUCAAUUUUCUUCUAACAAUAUCCAGACAUUGUAAAGAGGUUAGGUUAUGAGAAUAAAUUAAUAAAAUGAUUACCAAAGGGAAAACGCUUUGAUCUUUUAUCAGAUUCUCUUUACACAUUCUGUAAGGAAAUGUAUGGAGAUCAGUUUGGAGAAUUUGUAUGUGGAUAUUGGCGCUUAAAGGGUUAAAAAGUAUCCAUUGGGUAGUGAUUUGUCUAGAUGCAAUAUUGUUGAAAAGGUGGAUAACGCUAUGCGCCAAAUAAAACACUAUCCAGGCCCCAGCUGUUCAAAAGUUGGGUAGUACUAUCUUCUGGAUAAAUCUCUAUCCAGUGGAUAGUACAGUUGGUUUCCCUAAUAAUUGAUUUAUCCGAUGGAUAGUGCUAUUAAUUAAGUUUUUGAACAACUGGUGCCAGGUGGAUAACACAAUUGUUUUCCCUUAUACCUAUCCACUAGAUAAUCUACAGGAUAACACUAUGCAACAUUUGAAUCAUUCCCCAAAUGAAUAACUGCAGUCUGAACACUGUUGUUCAUAUAAAUACCAUUAUCUAUGCAUGUUAAUGCUUAUACUGGGAUGUCAGCAACUUUCAGUCAUUAGGUGGUAUCAUGGCUAAGAGCAGACAGACUGUCUUAGGAGCCGCACUGGCAUUUGUCAUCAUUACUGAUAUCAAUAAUGUCAAGGAAGUAAUGCAUCCUCCCCGUUCCAUUCUGAAGGCUGGAGCCUCAGAUAACAUUUUUCGUUCUGACAAGCUAUGAUGUUAAUAAAUUAUACUGACUUAACAUUAUUUUAUUGUGAUGGCUUGGCAAGUUUCAAAUUGCAUUGAACAAGUCUAAACUAAAUAUAAAUGGCCUUUUGUGUUGGUAUAAAAAGCUACAGGUACCUUUUGAGUGAAGAAAAUUUUGUUUAGAGGAUUUUCAUACACAAGAAAAUAUUUUUGUAAAUGGUGACUACACUGGAGCAUUUUUGUGGGACGUUCUUACACUGCAGACUACCUGCCCAGCCAAGUGAGGUGACAUGUGAGGUUGUCUCUCUGGAGGUAGCAAGACAAUGCGACUCUGUUUUCUUACUGUCGGAGCUUUUCAUGUGAAGAUAUAAUCCAUGUAUUUACCAUGAAUAUUUUUUCAGGACUGUUCAACCCAUGGAAUACAUGGGUAACAGCUACUUUGUGCUAAAGAACCAAGUCAUCAAAGCUGAAAGGAGAAUGCUGAAGGUUAGUGGUUGUCAUUGUUGCCAUAAUAAAGCCCUGUUGCUAAGGAAAACUGCCAAUGCAGUGUUGUAUGUAUGACUGGCUGUACACCCUCUUAGCUGUUCUGUUAAGAGAGUGCAUGGCAAUUAUUAUUUGAUAGCUUGAUGUAAAGAAAUUUUUUUUUUCAGGAACUUGGGUUUUGUGUCCAUGUCAAGCACCCUCACAAGGUAUGAGUGUGGUUACCUUUUGUGAUGCAUAUUUACCAUAAAUGGGGUUGGUUGUGUUGCUUUCUUGUCAACCCUUUGACCCUUUAAGCCACCCCCAAAUUCUCAGACUGGUCUCCAUACAUUUCUUUUAAGAAUAGUUGAGAGAAUUUGGUUUAAUAUCAAAGCAUUCUCUCUUUGUUAAUCAAUUUAGUAAUUCUCAUAACCUUUUACCCUUGACGAUCUGUUGAUAUUGUUAGGAGAAAAUUGAUGUUGGUCAAUCUUGGGACCUAAAGGGUUAACUCCUAAUGGUGGCUAAAGAGAGAAAAUUGUUUUGUUAACUCCUUGUACAAAAUGCAAAAGUUCUGGCAGUUUCAUGCACCAUAAGAGUUCAUCCUCAGAUUUAAAAGAUAGAUAGCCUGCUAGCAAGCAAUCCAGGGCACACUGGCAGCAGGGCUGGAAAAGGAAGGAGAGCUUGCAACUACAUCUCUGGAAUUUCAAUUCCACCUGUGGCUCUCCGUGGACUGAGCUGUCACAUUUCCGCUAAUCAGCGCAAACCGGAAAUAAGCGCAAAAGUAAACAAACACUGAAAAACACAUGCCAAGGGUAAUGACAUCAUAACCAAUGUCAUCUCCUCCAAUCAGCGUUUCGCAUCAACUUUUUCAAUGCAGUUAUUCAAAUUCCAGAGACGUAGUUGCAAGCUCUCCUUCUUUUUCUUGGAGAGCUUGCUCGCAGGCUAAAAGAUAGAGUGACUUAUUAUCUCUCCAUGACAUGUUCUGGGAGUGGAAGGGUGAUAAUUACAUAAUCUUUGUCUGGUUUGGUGAUACAACAGAACCUCUUGUUAGCAACCACCCAAGGUUUAUUUCUGGCUUAGGAGAGGUUCAGACCAUUAAAAAAAAGCUCUAUAUUAAUUUGAGGAUAGAUUUGUCAAUGAAUUAUUGUAAAGUGCUAUGUAAAUGGUGCUGUAGAAGUUCUGAAACUAUUAUCAUUAUUAUUGUUAUUAUUGUUCAGUGUUAGUAAAUUUUAUUGAUGAGUGGAGUCAGUGUGACUUUUGCUUCACAAAUUUUGGGGUCAUUUUGGAAUAUUUGGAGUCAAGUAUCAGACUUUCCAGCACGCGGUCCCGGCAUGUAUACACUAUCGUGAGGGAUACACGAAGUAGCUGUGGCGGUCCGCUGACUUGGAAAGCUCAAAUCCAUGGUGGCGGUCAUUGAGUAAACUUUGAUCGUAAUUUACCCUCUUCCUGUUUUGUCGUGGAGUAUAAUUCUUUAAUUUCGAUGAUUUAAUUAAGGUUUACAACGUUUACAAUUAACGUAAAUUGUAUUUGUUGCGAAAAAGGUAAGGAUAAAACUGUGUUUGUUACCGAAAAUUUCUGGAGUCGAAGUGGCUCCCUGUUUGUUACCGAAAAUUUUUGGAGUCAAAGUGACUCCCUCCGUAACCUCAGUGGAGUCAUCUGAACAAUUUUGGCGUAAAAUACGCCAAAUUUGGCGUAUUUGUGAACCCUGUAUUGUUAAUUAUUAUCAUCAAUGUAUUUAGUUCAAAAAUACUUGAAGACAAGUUAUUUUUUUACAUCAUAUUAAAAUCGCUUUGCAGUGCACAAAAUAAAAUUCAAAAACAUGCUUUUCCAUUUGUCUGCAGAUCAUUAUCAUGUAUCUUCAAAUUCUUGAAAGUCAAACCAACACGCUUUUGGCUCAGCAAGCCUGGUAUGUACUAAAACAUCAUUUGUUGUACUUUACUAAUCUGUUGAACAAAUGAUGGCAACCUUCAUUUUCUCUGGAAUUAAAGGUUGUAGCUCUGUCGGUAAACAAAUAAUUACAGUUUACAGUUUUUACAAUUGAAUAGCUGUCAUUCUUUGUCAUUAUUACGCCCACUGUAUCAACUUGGCCAACAAAACAAACACUUGCUCCUUCCCUAUGUUGUUUUAAACUCUUGUCAUUGUAGUUUAUGCCUUUUGUCAGUGGCCUGGACUGGAAAUCUACAUUAUUCUUUGUCCUCUCAGUUAACUGUGAGAGUGCUAGUCCUUAUCGAAAUUCAAGAUUUUAAGUAGCGUCGUCUUCUUUUGCAAUUGCAGGAAUUUCAUGAAUGAUAGUUUUAGGACAAACAUUUUUGUACGCUACCCUCCAGAGACAAUAGCCUGUGCGUGCAUUUUCCUUUCUGCAAGACAGCUUGGGGUAUGUAUCAGAAUUGAUUAUGAAGUAUAAGUUAAUUAUUAUAAGCAUCACUGCUAUGAUGUGCUGUUUUGUUACAAAUAAUUAAAUUUAUAAUGUUGAAAUGGAUUAAGGCAAUUAAGGAGUAAUGUUUUAAGGUGCUAGAAUGUGACCAUCUGUACCAUAUAUGGCAGGUUUUCAAAAAGGAAAUGGGAAGCAAAUAAACCUUUUCAGCUUUUAUGUUUUGUUUUCCCAUUUCAGAGCACAUGAUGGUACCCCAUGUGCAUCCAUAUGCAUAUGUAUGCAUAAUAUAUGAAAUGACAAAAGAGAACAAUCACAUGGUCUGAAUUGGGAAAACAAAACGUACAAGCUAAAAAGGUUUAUUCUGGGAAUUCUGCAUUUGUAGCACGCCCAAGUUGUGUUGUGUUGUUAACAGUGACCUAAUGAGAACUACUCUGGCCUGGGCAGGCAUAUUAAUUUUCACUUACUGGAGUACAGUCAAACCUGUAUUAAGCAGACCUCAAUUAAGUGGUCACUUACCAAAGACACAGAAACCAUUUCCAUUAAUUACUGCAGAACUGACCCAUGUUAUGCGGUCACCUUUAUUAAGUGGUCGUGGUCACCUUUUCCUAGGUCCCAACAAAUUAUGUUGUAUUGUCUUCACCUCUAUAGACCUUUGUCAAGUGGCAACCAUUGCUGUGCAGAAACAAAGCUUUUUCAAUCUCCUGAGACAAAACAGCCACUGCGUGACAAAUGUGUAUUAAACGGUCACUUUGAGAAGAUGUACCAUAACAGUGCAUAACUGUGUAUGGCAUCAAGUGGUCUUAACUUUUUUUCUCUUGUUCCAAGAAGAUGUGGAAAAAGUAAUGGUCAAUUUGUCAUGGGAUACCGGUAGAUAUUUUAUCCUUUGACUACCUUCAUUUUCCAUAAUAACUCUCACAUUUGUCAAACCUGGAUUAAACAGUCAACCUGUAUUAAGCGGUCAGUAAGCCAUUCCCAAAGGGUUACCACUUAAUACAGGUUUGGCUGUAAUUGUGACUACAGUUACAAAACUUGGGGACUUGGCUUUGCAUCAAAAAAGUACAAUGUUACAUAUUUUAUUGAAGUCCUUGCUUGCUAAACCAGAAGUCCAAAUCAAUAACACUGAUUGAGUAUUACGGUAGAAGUUUUGUUAUUGAAACAAAUUGACUUGCAUGUAUUAACAGUGUGGAACCUUGAUGCUAACUCAGUUUCCAUUGUAGAUUUGCUUACCGACAAGACCGCCAUGGUGGGAGUUGUUUGGUGCCAAAAUAGAAGAUCUUGAGGUAUGUUGUUUUGACAAUCAUUAAUUUAUGAAUUACAUGCACUGUUACAUGUUACAUUGUAAGUAUUGUACACCAAAAACAUUUUUCUUUAUUUCUAAAAAACAACUAAUGCUUUUCAAAAGUAUUGCCAAAGAGUGGUGUUGCGUUUUUGUCCACAGACUCAAAAAUAAGCUUAAUUUUACGUUUUAAUAUCUCCUAUGCUGAGAGUAAAAAGUUGAGGUGUCUGAUAGUUCCAAGACUCAAUGUGUUGACCAAUUUGUUUUCCUGACACGACACUGACGAUAACAAACUGAUGUGUGACUUAUUUCCUUUUAAGACCUCGAUUUCCUUUUGUCAGAGCUGACUGGCCAGACCAUUUCAAUCAUAAUGAGAAUUUCACUUUUAAUCAAAACUGUCCAGUCAGAUCAGUCAGAUCCCAAAUAGCAUGCAUUAAGGAAAUGGUGUUUCAACAAAAACUCUUGGAGAAAAAAGCAUGUUUCAUUGUCAAAAUGACUUGUCCAGCUAUGGUACGGCCAGCCAGUUCUGACUUUUGGAAGGUGUCCUUGGUAGAAAAUUAGUCCAUGUACUUUUCUGCGUUAAAUGUGUAAACAACAACUUUGUUUUGUUCUACCUGAUUUUUUUACAGGAAAUUAGCCUGAUGCUAUUAAGUUUGUACCUGAGACCAAAGGUGAAUAUUUAGUUGAACUCUACUGUUUUCAUUCAAACUUAAGGUAGACUUUCCUAAAGUCAGUGCUGCUUCAGUUCUGUGGAAAUCACUUUGUUUAGAUUUAGUUGCUAACUGAGAAAAAAUCCAAUUGAAUGAAUCCAUUCUGUUAUCCUCCUAGUUCAGUUUAAUGGAGCGGGACUGUUAGUUUUCAUCAUUAGAGUUUUAUCUGUAACUUCGUGAGUACAGUCGAACCUCCACUAACAGCCGCCUUUCUACAACGGCCACUUUCUUCUGUCCCCAAGGUGGCCGUUUUGGAGAGGUUCAACUGUAAUCAUUUGUUGUCGGCUGGGAUGGAAAUAACUUUGUUCUUUUAAAUAAUAUUCCUGAUCAGAGAAUCCGAAUUUAGGUUGUUUCAAAAGAAUGCCCUUUUUCAAAAUAUUUUGUUGUUCUGCUGGAACCAGGUGGCCUUAAACCAUUACAUUCUGAAAGCGACCAGAAUCUAAAAUUUCUCUUCAACAUUACAUCACUUCCUAUUCAAACAAAAAUAGAAAAAUCUUAAAGGAGGUGACCAUCCAAGUUAAAAUUAAUGCCCUUAUUGUUAAGUGAAUUCCAUUCCUCAGCUACAUCAGAAACAUCAGAAAAACAGCAUCUAGAGGAAAGGUCUCUUGCCUUGAGACAAUCAGGGGUAAACUGGGAAUAAAUAUGUCAAAUUUGUGAACGCUUUUCCGGUGUUGUGUGUAAACCAAUCAUAUGUCUUGAAGUUGCAAGGUAAUUCAUAAGCGAAUUGAAGUUUUUAAAUUGUAAUGGACAAUCUUUAGUUAGUUUAUCUUAAAAUUCUCGCCUAUGAAUCAUAGUUUUUGAUUGAUAUUUGUUUUGGUUUUUCUUUUUCUGUGGGCCAUGUGUAGAUUAUCGAGAUAAAAAUUAGUAGUAGUAGUAGCAGUGGUAGUGGUAGCGGUAGUAAUCCAUCAGUUUCCCUUAUCAUAGGCCAACCUAGACACCCUACAGAAAUCUGUUGGAGAAAUUCGCAAAGAAUUGGAGCAGAAAAAGAAAGAAACUAAACAAGAUGGUGCUGGCACCGUUGGUAACUCCACUCCUAACCUGUCUCCUGUGGGGGUAACUACAACAACUGCAAGGGACGACUCCCGGUCAGGUAUGUACUGUCAUCUACUUCAUUAAAACUGGAUACUUUUUUGACGAUUCACGGGGCAUUGUCACUGAGUCGGGUACACAGCUACGCGUUCUUUGUGUCGUCAUGCAACGCUCCUCUUGUGGAAAGGAACGUUGCGUGACGACACAAAGAACGGCUGUGUUGCAGACUAAUUGUCACAGGGAUUCUCUCAAUCUUUUAAGAGUGAUCAGGAUCAAAAUUCUUCUUGUGAUAUCAGUGCUUUAUAAAACACUUAGGUGGCGAGAAUUAAUGACUUGAUCACAUAAGGUGAAUCUAGUUGAUUCUUGGACACCUCCCUACUACUUUAUUAUGAAACUUGUUGGGACAGCAAAUCAAAAUUUGAAUUAUGGUAGUAGUGUUUAAUGGACAUAGGCCAUGUUGGAGUUGCCCAAACCUUUGCUGAAAACUCGGAAGUGGCUUUUUUGUUCAUUGUUCACUCCCAGUUAAUUUGCUUUUUUGCUCAUUGAUAAAAGCACUGCACCUGUGUUGCAAAGGUCCUGUGUUCAAAUGAGUCAUGGGUUUUCGCAACUGCUUUAGUUUUGUUCAUAACUUCGGUGACCUUUCACGUCUUAAACCUCCCUCCUGCUGUUCAAUUAUGUGAAAUCCAUAUAUUAUUCACUUUUAUAACAGCUAAUGCAGAAAGUCAAGGGGACCUACCAGAUCUUGUAGCAAACACAUGUGGCCUGAUCUAUGGGAUAAGUUGUACAAUUUUGGAUCGUGGCAGUUAUGACAUAAGAUUUUUAACCUUACAGCCACCUUUCCUGUAGCCCAUGUUGCAGGCGUGGAAAGGGGUAGGGGAUUGGGAGAAAGGGAAAAGGAAGGAGGACUGGGGUGAGGGUGAUCCUUUUUCCCUUUCGUACUUUUCUCCAUUUUCCACUUUCCCUCCCCACCCCUAUUUGCGCCCGCUGCACAGGCUACCAUCCACCCUAAAUCAAUUACUUUUAACGUGAAAUCAGGUUCGAGGCCUUCUUCACCAAGUAAAGUGUCGCCAUCAUCUGCUACAAACCAAGCUGACGGGAAAAAGAAGAAAAGUUCCUCUAAGGUGGACGAGGAUAGGAGGACGAGAGAACGGUAAAUAAACUUUGUUUUUCUCUAAUUAUGAUGCAAGCAUUAUUAACCCUUAUGCCCGUGAUGUUAUUGUGGAAAAGAAGGUAUCGUGAAACUCCUACCCUUCAGUUGGGGCCAAUUCAUUGUAGCCGUGUAAACUAGCAACUGGAUUUACGUUUUCUUGCGUUGUUUCGUUAUUGUCAAGUGGUUGCCAUGACAUGACAUGACAUGUUCUCUAUGCUGUCUUUCGUACAUUUCUUUUAGUUUUAAUCAGGAGAAUUUGUUUUCAUGUCCUUUAUUUGAUCAGCAGUGAUCUUUUUACGCGGCGGAGAAAUUAGGUAAUGGAGGCGCUUCAAGAUUUAAGUGGAGCUUUCGACUCGUUGUUGUCUGGUUAUGGAUUUGCAUGUUUAGAGUACGUUUUUAAUUUAUUUUUGUCUAAUCUGCAGGGAAAGGCGCCGCAGUCAUUCCCCGGUCAAUCGCCGCUCUCGGAGCCGUUCGGAAAGUCCAACACGUAGUCGCUCUCGGAGCCGAUCGAGAAGUUACAGCAUAUCAAUCAGUCCCGACAAUCCCAGUAGGAGUGACUCUUACAGCAGCGACGAAAGCCCAGACAGGCAAAAAGUAACUGGGAAGAGUAAACGACCACGGAGCCCUGCCCGAGGAAGGGACGACGAAAAGCGCGCUCGGCCUCGGAAGUACGACGGAGAGUACGUUCGGAAAAAGGGGAGAACCGACGGAAGUGUGAACAGUUAUAAAAAGGACAAAGCGCGGGAACGAAGUAGGUCGCCGUUGUCUCGGAGCCGGAGUAGAUCUCGUAGCAGAAGCCGAAGCCCGACAAGACUCAAACGGCAUCGUGGAAAAUACGAGCGGGAAACGAAGAAACGAGAUGACAGACAUCGCGAUCGGAAUGGAGUGGACUAUCGUUCGUCCAGGGACAAGGGACGUGAUCACGGAAGGCACCGAAGAUAACGCUAGUGAAAUUUUUGUAA